AUGACACCAGCCAUCCCGGCUUCCCGGGGCAAGACAAAUAGGACAGCCAGGCGGGACAUCGCCCUCACCUUCGACCAGCUGGAGGACCUGUCCAUUCGGCUGGAUAACCUGCUGGCUACCCAAAGACGUCCAGACCUCUGCGACCAUCUGUGGCCGCAGAGGUCACACUGCCGACCAGGUUCCCUUAACACUAAGGCUGACGCGCUGUCCCGUCUCUACGACACUGAGGAUCGGACCAUCAAGCCUAUUCCCAUCAUUCCGGCUGCUAGGCUGGUGGCACCGGUAGUAUGGGAGGUGGACAACGAGCGGGCACUAAGGGGGGAACUGCGCCUCCACAGUGCCCGGAGGGUCGUAGGUACGUGCCUCUUGCUUAUUUUGACGUAUAACAAAGAUUUUGCUUUUGAUGUGCAGCCAGUGCCCUUGAGGAGAAUCCUUGCCCCAGGGGAGGAGGAGAACUUGGAGGUGGAAGAAGAGGAGGAUGCUGCUACAGGAGCAGGCUCCCCAGAGUCCUUUCCCAACAGAGUACCAGGUACAUUGUUGCCACGGUUACCCUCAGAGCCCAGGAUGUCGCUGCUCACAAUAAAGAUUGACAAGAUUGGGCUGAAAGAUGCUGGGAAAUGCAUUGAUCCCUACAUGACAGUUAGUGUGAAAGAUUUGAGUGGCAUUGAUUUGAACCCAGUGCAAGACACACCUGUGGCAACCCGAAAGGAGGACACAUACAUUCACUUCAGCGUAGACAUUGAGAUCCAGAGACAUAUCGAGAGACUACCAAAGGGGGCAGCUAUUUUCUCUGAGUUCAAGCACUAUAAACCCAAGAAGGGGUUUACAAGCACAAAAUGUUUUGCCUUCAUGGAAAUGGAUGAGAUCAAACCUGGUCCCAUUGUGAUCGAGUUGUACAAGAAGCCUACUGACUUCAAGAGGAAGAAGCUCCAGCUCCUGACCAAGAAGCCACUCUAUCUCCACCUCCACCAGACGUUGCACAAAGAUUAAUAACCGAGGUCACAGAGUAGAGCACAUCAAGAAAGCAGCAGCGCCACAGAAUUCCACUGUAGUCAUCAGACAUCCAGUAAAGUUUGGUGUAGCGACUCCCUAUCCGCCUCCACUCACAUCAACAAUACUAAACCCAGCAGGCCCAAAUGCCACAACCUCAACUCUGUGAUAGGACGGCCCUGGAUGACACAUAUUAACUACAGCGGUGACGGCACACUACUGUAUAAUGCUGCUUCGUAACCCAGUGGGAGGUGGGAAUUUACCAGUUGUGAAGUCGUAAAUACCAGUUGGAUGCAUUCAACUUGUUGAGAAAAGAUCAUUUGGCUAAUGGCCAACAAGCUGCCUAAACCAUAAACUAAAAGCUAUCAUGCUGGUAAACAAAUGAGUGUUAAAAAACAUAUUAAUAGAUUGCUUUUUAUAAAUAAUGUUUUGUUGCAUUUAAUUGCAAAAAAAUGCUGUUAUCCAGGUAAUUUCCUAAUUAGGUGACGUCAGAGGUCAGCAUGUGGGAGAAGUGGGAGCUCAGGAUGAUGUAUGAGUUUCCCACUAGUAAUUACCAGUUGGAGGGCCUUUCAAAUGGUAAAUUCCCACUUGGUUACAAAACGCAGCAUUUGACCCCGCUGGUGCCAAUUAGCGAUCACUUUUUUUCUCCUCUCUGCAUGAUGCUCAAUGGAAAAGAAGAGUUGAGUUAGCAAUUGGUACUGUAUGUCAAACAACCAGCCUCGUCUUUAGUCUUCCUCUGCCUUUCCCUUUGGGGAUGAAAGAGAAUCAACAUGAUCAUAGGUGCUCAAGCGGUCUAUUGAUGAUGUCAUAUCCUGGUGCUGACACUGCCACAGUGAAAAUAUAUAACUGCCCUGUUCAUUUACUUACAUCCUUAUCACUGAUCUGGCGUUAUUUAAUAGGUAAAAGUAAUAUAUUGGGAUAUUUGCUUUAAUCUAUCACAUUAGAUGUGUGAUUAUUUCAAGGAUGGGAGGAAGGAUGCAUAUUUUUUAGCAUUCAAAAAUGAUUCUGAGAUGCUAUGAUGUCAUCCUACAUUUACAUUUAAGUCAUUUAGCAGACGCUCUUAUCCAGAGCGACUUACAAAUUGGAAAGUUCAUACAUAUUCAUCCUGGUCCUCCCAUGGGAAUUGAACCCUGGUCCCCCGUGGGAAUUGAACCCACAACCCUGGCGUUGCAAGCGCCAUGCUCUACCAACUGAGCCACACGGGACCUACUUUGAAGAAUCUCAAAUAUAAAUUAUAUUUAGAUUUGAUUAACACUUGUUUGGUUACUACAUGAUUUCAUAGUUUAUGUCUUCACUAUUAUUCUACAACGUAGACAAUCAUCAAAACAAAGAAAAACCCUAGAAUGAGUAGGUGUGUCCCAACCCUUGACCGGUACUGCAUCUAUAGCAUGAGGUCAAGUUACAAUACCUAACAGUAGGUAAAACUUCAAACUAAAACUAGUUCAGAAGAAAAACAGCUUAUUUCAGCUGUAAUGAACGACAGGAUUUAGGAACAUGCUUAAAUGUUUUAGAUCGUAUAUGUUAUGUUGACGUGAAGACCAUCUCUGAUAUAGACCGAUACAUACUAUUAUUAAAUAAACACCGCACCCAAGUCAAGUGUGUUUAGUAUCUUCAACAUGUUGGGGCAGCGUCUAAAAACGUUCAUUACUGCACACUGUAGCAAAACGUUAUGCAACGGAAAAACAGACGUUUCUUAUUGGACAAAUUCAGGUCAGUACCCUCCCUGUUUCGGUCCGUUUUCUUCGGUUUGGUGUCUAGUGAAUAAGACCCUGCUGUUGCUCCAAGCCAACACCAACCCAGGACAAGCUGGUAUCCUGGUUCUGUAAGAUGUGCCCCUGCAGUUCGGCUAAAAUCACUGUAAUAAUCUCCAUCCAUCCACAGGGAGACCGCCAGUCACUGUCCCCUACAGUACGUUAUGAAACAAACCAUAUGCGUUCUUAACUAGGAACAACUUUGUUUCUUCAGAGCAACGUAGCCUUUAGUCUUUAAAAUGUUGCUAAUGCUAGUUAGCAUGGUAGCGUUACAUUGGCUUACUGUAGUUUUUUGGUGUAGGUGCUCGUGCAGGUCCCGUUAUAAAGGGAGUUGAAAAGGAUGCUGCAUGUAACUGAAGUUGACUUUUACCGUUGUUUUGAAUGCUGUUCCCAUCAAGGCCACACUGGCUAACCACUAUUAAAACAUUGUCUCCUUUUUAUUAUUAUUUUUUUUUUUUUUGUAAUGGCACUAACUGAAUACACUUAUGGUGCUUUCAAGACAACUGGGAACUCUGAAAAGAAUUUGGUCAAAUCAUGACGUCAGUGAUCAUCGGGUCGAAAAGUCAGAGCUCUAGAAAGGUGCCAGAGUUCCCGACGUGGAAUUCCGAGUUGGAUGACUUAAAAGAUUUCUCCCAGUCGGAGCUUGUUUUUUUCAGAGUUCCCGGUUGUCUUGAACACACCGAAGUCGGAUAUUUCUGAGUUCCCAGUUGUUUUGAACACGGCAUUAAGAGACACUAAUCAGUGCAUAUUAUUGUGUGUGCUGUACGACAGGGUUGACGAUUGUCAAUACAGUGUUGUGCUUUUGGUAACAGGUUGUGAUAAAAUGAACAUUUAUCAUUGGACUGACAAUUUACACUGCUUUCAUUUUUAAUAAACAAAAUGCUGUUUGAA